AUGAUUUUAGCUGGCGCUGCACGCGUCCACACGGCUCUGGGCGGCCUAAAGCGGCCUCCCCUGGUGGCGAUGCGGCUGCCCGGGUGUGUGAGCGGCGCAUCGGCCGAUGCCGAAGGCCGAGAGGCCAAAAAGGUCAAUAAACAAAUCGAGGAACAGCUCGCCAAGGAUAAACAGGUGAUGCGCGCCACCCAUCGACUCCUUUUGCUAGGCGCUGGUGAGAGUGGGAAAUCAACAAUCGUGAAACAAAUGCGAAUUCUGCAUAUCAAUGGAUUCACGGAAGCUGAAAAGCAAGAGAAAAUGAAGGACAUACGACGAAAUGUCAAAGAUUCGAUACAGGUGAUCCUGCACGCGAUGGACGAGAUCGACCCAAAAGUAAGCCUCGACGAUCCGUCAAAUGGCCCAAGUCGGGACUAUCUUCUCACCACGGCCGCCGAUGAAGAUUUCGAUUAUCCACAGGAAUUCUACGAUCACGUGAUCAAAUGCUGGGCGGAUCGGGGCGUACGAGCGACUUUCGAGCGAAGUUCCGAGUAUCAGCUGAUUGAUUGCGCGAAAUAUUUCCUCGAUCGGGUCGAGCAAGUGCGAAAGCCCGAGUACAGUCCCUCCGAACAGGAUAUUCUUCGAUGUCGUGUGAUGACGACCGGAAUCUUUGAGACGAAAUUCGAGGUCGACAAAGUUCGAUUUCAUAUGUUCGAUGUGGGCGGUCAACGAGACGAACGAAGAAAAUGGAUUCAAUGUUUCAACGAUGUGACGGCGAUCAUUUUCGUUUGCUGUUCCGCUUCGUACAAUAUGAUGCUUUGGGAGGAUUCGACCCAAAAUCGAUUGCGUGAAUCACUGGCGCUUUUCAAGAACAUCUGGAAUAAUCGAUGGCUGAAGACGAUAUCCGUCAUUCUUUUCCUAAAUAAACAAGAUUUAUUAGCGGAAAAGAUCAAAGCCGGCCGCUACAAAUUGGAGGAUUAUUUCCCGGAAUUCGCUAAUUAUCAACUCCCAUCGGAUGCCGUUUACGAUCCAUCGGAUGACCCGAAAGUCGUGCGAGCCAAAUACUUCAUCAGAGGCGAAUUCUUGAGGAUUUCAACGGCAGCUGGCGACGGUCGACAUCACUGUUAUCCCCAUUUCACAUGCGCUGUUGACACAGAAAAAUAUCAGAGAGUGUUCAAUGAUUGUCGAGAUAUCAUUCAAAGGAUUCAUUUAAGACAAUAUGAAUUAUUG